UCUGUGGGGGGUACAGUUUAGAGAGAGAGAAAGAGAUAGAGAGUGUCUUAGGUAAAACGGCGUGAAGCUGGACGAAGACAGCAGGCCACGCAGCAUCAGAGGAGCCCGAAAGUUGACGUUUCGGUUUGAGACCCCUCUUUAGAAAAUCAUGACAGGAAUGAUUUGGAGAGUGAGAUAUUUACAUCUCAAAUUUUUCUUGACCUACCUGCUGAUUUCCUUUUGGGACAGAAGCUGUGGUCAUGCCAACCAUGACACUGAAUGCACAGCAAUUGGUGAACAUGACCACCUCCCUCUUCCAGAUGCAACCAAUGCAGUUGUGGACAGAAAUAAAGCAAUGUUUGAACAGAACUACUAUCUACAAAAACUCUUUGACCAUUACGGUGAAAACGGCACCCUGACGGUGGAAGGUUUAGAGAAACUUCUGUGCAAUAUUGGAGUCGGUGAAGUCAGGACAAUUAAAGCCAGACACAGUCACUUUGAUCAUGACUCGAAGAAACAUACAGUACUAGCAGAGGGAAGCAUUCAUCAUCACUGCUGUCCAGGAUGCCGACAUAUUAGGUUGAAAAUUGGCAUAAAAACCACUCCUAAACAGACUGGAACUUCUCCAAAGCACAGCCAUUCAUCAGCUGUGACGCCACCAUCUGGAGUCUCUGCUGAAUAUAAAUCUGGAACCAAGAAACACAUGAGGGCAGCACGCAGUCCUCCAAGUGCAAUUCCAGCUACAACAAAUACACGUUUGGACAAGCUAAAGGCUGAGUUUGCCACGACGGACACUUACAGCACCAGAAUAUCUGGCCUGCCCUUAACUGAAUAUUCUACUCACAAGGAUGGUAAAGAGGUUCAAAAAAGAAAUAAUCCACUUGAAAACCACACAGAUAAAGACUUGAAAGUAGAGGAGUGCCUGAAUGCGGACGUUUUGCUUUCAUCUCAUGGAAUGACCCCACAGAUGACUCUUGAUGCAGAGCAAUUUGGCUACGUUUGCCCUGCACUCCUGGACCAGAUCGAAAGCAAGGCUUGCAUUGCACACACAACUGGAGAGAAACACUCGGCUUCCACUGUUGGAGCAGCUUGGAUUGGAGGCUUUGUGUCCGUCACCAUCAUCAGUCUGCUGUCCCUGUUGGGUGUAAUCUUCAUGCCCUUAAUAAAUAAGACAUUCUUCAAGUUUCUCUUGACAUUCUUGGUUGCUUUAGCUGUUGGAACACUUAGCGGGGAUGCAUUUUUACAUCUCUUGCCACAUUCACAAAGUGUUCAUCACCAUGAUGUAGAAGACCACGAUCACUUGGAUUCUGUGUGGAAAGGCCUCACUGCUCUUGGUGGUCUUUACUUUAUGUUUCUUAUUGAACAUCUUAUUACAUUGAUUAAACUGUACAAAGGUAAAAAGAAGCAGAAAAAGCCUAGUCAAGAUGAUCAGGAGAUAGAUACUGAUAGAAACGCAGAACCCUUUGAAUCUCAACAGUUAUCGAAGGAUGAAAAUCCAGACAUUAAACAGUUUGCUGAUCUGGAUGACUGUCUGGUUGAACCGAAGGAUCAGCCAAAUCUUCACUCUCUGGAUCUCAGUCAGAAUUCUCUCACUCCAGAACAAGAAGUGAUGAUUGCCCAUGCUCACCCAGAAGGCAAUUACAAUACAUAUGUGCCCAGAGGAUGUGAAAACAAAUGCCACUCGCAUUUCCAUGACACAAUAGGAAAUGCUGAUGAUUCUCAUCACCAUCACCACCGGUAUCACCAUAUUCUACACCACCACCAUCACCAGAACCACCACCCUCAUAGUCAUAGUCACUAUUAUUUUCAGGAGGAUCUGAAGGACGCAGGAAUAGCAACCUUGGCAUGGAUGGUUAUUAUGGGUGAUGGCCUCCAUAAUUUCAGUGAUGGUCUGGCUAUAGGUGCUGCUUUUACUGGAGGCUUGUCCAGUGGGUUGAGUACAUCUGUUGCUGUAUUCUGUCACGAAUUGCCGCAUGAAUUGGGUGAUUUUGCUGUGCUGUUGAAGGCUGGAAUGACUGUGAAACAAGCUAUCCUGUACAAUAUCCUAUCUGCCUUGCUGGGCUACCUGGGUAUGAUAACUGGCACUGCCAUUGGCCAUUAUGCUGAAAAUGUCUCCUCCUGGAUCUUUGCUGUUACUGCUGGGUUGUUCUUGUAUGUGGCACUGGUUGAUAUGGUUCCUGAAAUGCUUCACAGCGAUGCUGGUGAUCAUGACUACAGUCAUGGGGCUUACUUCCUUCUACAGAAUUCUGGAAUGCUGCUGGGAUUUGGCAUCAUGCUGCUUAUAGCUGUAUUUGAACAUAAAAUUUUGUCAAUUGUAAGACUGUGAUAUUUGCUUGAGGCUGAAGCCUGCAGGUAAUCUGAAGUACUAUAUUUGCAUCAAUUUAUUUAAUUAGUGUCCGCCAUAAAGUAGUGAGCCUUUAACACUGCUGCUUUAUCUAUGGUAAUGAUCUGGGAUAGCUCCCUUCUAGUUCAAGCCCAAAUUCAUGUUCGUGUUUCCUUGGCAGCUCAUGACGCAAAGCCCAUGUUUGCCACACUCAUGGAUGUGCUUGCACUGACGUAUCUUCAGCCUCAUCAAACUAGGACCAGAACAUUAAAAAGAGAUACAUAAUUAGUUACAACAUGGAAGGAUAACAAGAGAAUCUGAUUAUCACCAUAACAGUGAGUGAGAUUCCCCCCUCCUGUUUUUCUGUUUCUGCUUCGCUCUAACCGGUUCUAUAUUGCUACAUUAUUUCCACUUCGGGGGGGAAAGAAAUCAAAACGUAAAAACUUAAUAGACAGUUAACAUGCAAUAUAUUCAACAACGACUGGAAAGUUAGUUGACAAACGGUUGCCAUACAGAAUCUGAAGCUUCAGGUACACAAUUACAGCAAUAGCUGUAAGAGGAACUGAGUGGAAGACAAAACAUGAGGCACCUGGUGAAUAAGAGAAACAGCGAUAGUUAUUUGAGGAACUUCAGUAUUCUGUGCAAUCCCAUACAUUUUCAAUCUGGUUACAAUUCAAUGAAUUCUUGUUAUUUCUGAAAUAGACACAUUUUUGUCAAGACUCUUCUCUUGUAUUCAUCAAGUUAAUCAACGAGAAUAUCAAUUCAAGGAGAAAAACAUUUGUAAUGCAUGAAAGGAGGAUGUUGAUUAGUCGGUACAUGGACUCCAGUUGAGAUGUUGUCGUGGAGAAUGUACCUACGAAUGCAGAUUGACAGUUAUCUGCCAAGCUUUGGUUAAAAUUUGAAAUGGGCAAUUAUUAUUAAGGGUGGCUGUUGACUUUUCAGUCAGAACAAUGACUGAUCAAAUUUAGUGAGGAGAAAGAGUAAUUUUAAUUAGCAACAUGUUACAAAAUCAGUACCUCCAAAUAGAAUUUGCCCCCUUCCCACCCCUCUGAUUAUUACGCAUGGAAAGAUAAUGCCUCAGUUGUUACUGCAAUUCAGAUUAGCAAGACGUUUUUGCUUUUUAUGUAUAAAGAUACUGUGAUUAUUCCAACAGAGAACAUUAAGUUACUAGUGGUGCCAAAUUCUUCUGUUCUAGCAGCUUAUGUCUUUUUCUCAAAUUAUUUGUACUCUUUCUUAUAAUGUCCAGUUCUAACUCAAAGCUGCCUAAUGGGAGACAUUUGGUGCUGUUGGGAGGUACAAAUUUUAAUAAUCUUGAAAUUGAAAAUGUAUAAAAUCUGCGUAUAGAAUUCCAGACCCAUUUUGUAAAAUCAAUUGCAAGUUUUCAAUGAAGAGCUUAUUCCUUGGCUGUAUUCUGUAGAAAAGUGGGCAGCAAAGGCUGCUCAUUACAUUGUCAUCCUAUAAGAACGCAGUGUGAAAAAUUCAUAGGAUCUCCUUCAAGAAUUAUAGAAAUUAAUUUUACAAGAUGUACAGUAAUCUAUACUCAGUUGUGUUACAAGCUGCAUUCUGUAGUUCAGAUCAAUCCAUAGUUUAUUAAAAGGACAGUACUAAUGUUUUGCAAAAUGAACGUUUACAAUUUAAUUGUUACAAACAUUCCUUUGUUACAUGUAUUUGUAAUCUACAUUGGUGUGGUGUUCGCACAAGCUGUAAUGAAGUGAUGUUACAUUUCAUUUUACUUUUUCCUAUGUAAAUAGUAAUUGGAAAGGGGGUAAUGUAAUUGAACUUAACUGCUGGAUAUUCUACAGUUUGAAAUUUGGCCUUGUAUUUAAAACACAUGUAUGUUACUGACAAAGAGUGGACUCGUGUAUAUGUAGUCAACUUGCACGAAUUCCAACUUUUAACUAGACUUAAAAAAAGAACUGCCAUGAGGGAGUGUAAUAAAAGCAUUGUAGGCACGUUUCCAUUUUGUCUGUGGUUCAUAAUAAAGGAGCAGAAUUCAGAAUGUAGUAAAUGGUGUUACUUUGGAAGAAUAAAAUAUUGUUUUUGAUUCA